CAGCCGUGGCGCUGGCCGCUGGCCUCGGAGUUUCACCGUUUGAGGGGUGUUACGGCUGUAUCUGGCUAGCGCGGCCCGCAGGACUCCCCGAGGAGGCUGCGCGUCUGGUAAGCAGUGAGGCUGCUGCGGUCUUGUGUAUUUGACUUGAGAGCACUUUAGCAUCUCCUUGGGUGCUUUUCUCUUUCUCCGAUUGGCAUUAGCGAGCAUCAUGAGGUUUCAAAGUGGUUUUACCACAUCUUUUGAUGCCUCCGAAGAAGAAAUGUACCAAGGCCAGAAAGGCAGAGCUGGUAUUCCUUGAGAGGCCGCGAGAGGGACCCGUCCAUUGCUAUGAAACUCCGCCACCUUCGGCUAAGAAUCCAAGACGUGUUCCUACAAAACCUGUAGACCAGAACACCUCCGCUGCCUGGGUGUGUCCACAAUUUGAAACAACUACAUUAGUGGCAUUGAAAGCAUGCCAGAGGAAGCAUCGUGGUCCUCACAAACCCCAGAAUCAGGAUGCCAACUACAGUUCACUUUAUACAGGAGGAGCUUGUCGAAGAGCUAUAACCUGCAAAUUUCCUCCUUUAACUUUUGAGAAUACAGAAGAAUGUGCAGUCCACGCCUCAGAUCAUCCAAAUCGCUUGAGGAAGAACAUACAACACUCUCACAGCCAGCCCAAGAAAGGGACAGCAGCAAAAGCCAACAUCCAGGUGAACAGUCUGGAGAACUGUAGAGAAAUACCUUCGUUACCUGCUCCCCAGGCUGUGGAGCCAGAAGUCUUUAGUUCACCAGGUAUAGAGACUGCACAGGUGCCUUCUGUAAGUAACUGGAGAUGCAGCAGCACUCUGCCACAAAGAAGUAGCCAUGCCUGGCAUCCAGAAAAAGAGCUGGCAUUCGGUAUUGACCCCUGUGAGAGGAGAGAGUUGGAGUCAGGAGCAGUACUGGUUACAGACACUCCUGAGCACGAGUAUGGAGUGAAGGUUACUUGGAGACAGCGGCCUCUUAUAAUGAAGUAUCUGCGGGACACAGGGAAGCUGAGUGCUGCUGACAUACUGGUGAAGGCGAACCUCGACUUCCCACGGAGACAGACCAACGUCUGACUCGGCAGGGGCAGCAAUCCUGUGCAACUACACAUCCCAAUAGAGUGUUAUUUU